AUGUACUUUUCUUCUCAUUCUCUUAUUGCCUCCGUGCUCUUGGUCUCCGCCGUUCAAGCAUAUCCAGGAGUUCAAGCAGAUGCUGUUGUUGAUGUCCUAACUACAGUGGCAUCUACAAUUGUUUUAGAGACCUCUCCACCUUCGGAGGGGUUUCUUGAAAAUGUAGGGUUGUUCAAAUUCUUCGCAAGAGCCGCGAAGAAAACAACGGCAAAAACAACAGCAAAAACCACUGCCAAAACUACUGCUAAAACAACAGAGGCUGCACCGACAACCGAGAAACCCACAGCUCCAGCGACAACGCAAAAGACUACGGCCGUAGUAACUACACCUACGACCUCAGUAAAAGCCACUGAGGCUCCCACUACCACUUCAAUCAAGACUACUUCGAUUCCAACUACGUCAUCCACGUCUACCAAACCUACUUCUACUUUGACGAGUUCGACUUCGACUUCGGCUGUGGCACCAAGUAGCACGAGUACUGUCACCAAACCCUCAAUUUUAAGCACCAACUCAAUUCCUACUUCGGUAGCUUCAAUCCCAACAUCUCAAGUCUUGUCUUCCACGAUUUCUUUGCCGUCCAGCUCAACGGCCUCUAGCCCUUUGGUACCCAGUAGAAGUUCUACUUCUGUAGCUACGUCUGCUCAACCAUCGACUUCUGCAUCUGGCUCAUUGACCGGUAUAAGUAGAGUCUCCGGAUCCAUUACUAGCACUGGCUCCUUGGCUUCUGGAACUGGCUCUGCUUUGGCUAGUGGAUCUAUUUCAUCUGGAACCGGUUCCAUCACCAGUGGAUCUCUCACCAGCACUGGGCCCGUAUCCUCAGGGACUGGUUCUAUCACCAGUGGAACCAUAUCAUCAGGAAUCAGCUCGAGCUCAAUCUCCGGAAGUGGAACCAUAACUUCCUCCUCCCCCAUCUCCUCCUCCUCCAGCAAUUCCAUUUCCUGCUCCAUCUCCAACACCGUAACCGACAUAAUCUACUUCGUCUCCCCCGCAACCAACACCCUCGGCUCCGUCACCAAACUCUCCACCCUGUCCUCCACCGCCAUCCGCACCAUCGGCUGUUCCCUCAGCGCCACAACCGCCACAUCCACCAUUUCCUCCCCCGCAUCCAUUAGCAAAAUGAUCAUCCCGACCGGCUACGGAGAUCCCAUCGUGAGCGCCGAAGGCGGGAAUGCGGCGUUUUAUAAAGCGGGCGCGGUGGGUUACUCAAGCCAGUUGAGUGUGUAUAGUGGGGCGUCGACGAGAACAAGUGGGAUGACGACGAUGGCCUCUGCUUCUGCGACACGGGGUGGUGUUUCGGGGGCGCAGAGCGGUUCGGGGUCAUCGAGUGUUUCGAGUGGGCAGAGUAGUCUUGCGAGUGGUACGACGAAGGAAAGUGUAAGUAAUGUUGCUUCCACGACGAAUGCCUCAAGCGUUACUAGCGCACCAGCUACAUCAGAGACAGCUGCUGCCACGGGAAUUGUAGGGGAAUUCUCUUCACUUCUCAAUAUUUUUUAA